CGAUCCAUGAAGAAGGAAACUGGCUUCAGUCCCGGUCUUCGUGUCGUUACUGAGGCAGAGAGAAACAAAAAAAGGACGGUUGAGAAUGUUUUUAAUGAUUCGAAGUUUGCUCUUUUCACGAAAGAGGUUUUCUCACGUUUAAACUUUUUCUAGUGAAAUUUUCAGGUUCCAUCUGCCAAUAAGCUAUCCAAGGUUAAGCUGCGUCAAGAAAAAGACGUUAGGUCAAUGGAGAAAUUUUCGCCAGAUGAAGAGGCUCGCAUGUGGCGCUUUGUUCUUAGGUUCUCGUUGGAUUCUUUCCCGAUAAUUUGGCAUUUUCGAAAAACAUUCAAAUAUAAUAGCAACAAGCCAACAUUUUUUCUGUACUUUUUUUUCAGUGUUUAAAAAGCUGAGAUUUCAACCAAUCUUCUUUAUUAUUUUCUCACAUCAUGAUGUUGUGGUAUGAAAAGAUGGCGAAACGGCGACUCUUCCGAUUUCAUAUCACUAGGGAACCCGACGGUUACUUUUCCGACGAAUCUUUUUCCGACUUUUUUUUCGAUAAAAUCUUUGUUUGAAUCUUCCCCUAUAAAGCAGGUAGUUGGUUCAUGAUUAACACAAAGAAAUAGGAAAAAUUUUUUAUAGAUGUUUACAAACCGAAAACAUGGGGAAAGUCGCAAAGAGAUCCGUCGGAAAGUUUAGCGAUAAUCUGAAAAUCCUCUUCGCUGAUCUUAAACUCUCAUAUGCUGGGUGUAGCACCCGCGGUGCUGCCGCCGAUCACCCGUUUAACCCCAGCCGAGCAUACGAAACGAAAUUUUUAUCCGCGAACAGACUCCGUUUCAGUCCAGCGGAUCUACUCAAGCCCAAUUAACGCGCCAAGCCCCCGUUUGGGACAGACGAUGCCGGAAACGUUAAAAGACACCGGGUGAUCGGCAGAACACGUAGACCACCCGUUUUGCAAAAUUAGGAAAAAAAAAACCGCGAUAUUCUGAUCCUCUACAGAGAACAGAGUUCAGAGAAUUGAAGCGAACAGUGAGCGUUAAACAAGGACGCUUCUGGGACCGCUAUCGCGCAGAAACGGGCUCAUUGCGUCUUGCCAGUAGCCUCGAUCACCAGUUUACUUCAAAGUUUCUCCAUUGUACAGCAUUUGAUGAGUUUUAGUUACCGUAACUUCAUGGCGCCUCAACUUUACCACUCCCUUCUCGACCGCGAUGAGAUGCUUGAGUUGUAUCGACUGGUGCCGGUUUUCAUUACCAAAGAGAUCGUUUGUUUGUCAGUACGGAAAUUGAUUGGAUCGAUUCUAUCAUUCUUUGCAGUUUAUCUAAAAAGUUUAACGUCUCCAUAGAAUUGUCAAGUGAGAAGAACGUUAUUGUUUCCUGGAGCGCGAUUGAUGAAGUUGAACUACAGCAAGGUUUUUCUGAAUUGGCUACAUAG